GCCACGCGACGAGUUAUUUCGUUUGUAUUGUGUGAGAGAGUUGCGCGAAUGCAAAUUGUAAAAUAAGACUGUGAUUGUUUUGUUACGGGUCUUUCCUAUGUUGAUUUGCUCUCUUCCCAUCCACCGCAACAGACCCUGGCCUGCAAGUAUUGGGGCAACAAGUUGCAUAGCGUCCUGGCUUGAUGAUGGGAGAAGAAUCUGCGACGAGGCAACCAGAGAUGUCUGACGCUGGCUCAGACGAGGAGUUGGCGCUUCCCGCACGUAUGGAGGAGGGGAGUCACAACGGGAGUAUCAGAAAGGGUUGUGAUCCGUGCUCCCAGACCCAGCGCAGUAAGCUGCAGCACCGUAGAGCUCGUAUCAACCAGCAGAUCAACAAGGAGAUGAGGAUGAGGGCUGGGGCUGAGAACCUCUUCAGAGCCACCACUAACCACAAGGUAAAGGAGACUGUGGCUCUAGAGCUGAGCUUUGUCAACUCUAACCUGCAGCUACUGAAGGAAGAGCUAGAGGAACUCAACAGCAAUAUGGAGGUCUACCAGACCGAGAGUGAAGCCAUCAAUGUUCCCAUGAUCCCACUGGGUCUGAAGGAGACCAAGGAAGUGGACCUCACUGUCCCUCUCAAGGACGUUAUCUGUGAGCAUUAUGGAGAGGACAGCUCUUUGUUUGAGAAGGAGAUCAAGGAGUUUAUGGAGCUCAGACAGGCCAUGCGUACCCCCAGUCGUAAUGAAGCCGGUUUGGAGCUUCUGAUGGAGUAUUAUAACCAGCUGUACUACCUGGACCAGAGGUUCUUCCCCCCACACAGAACACUAGGAGUCCACUUCCACUGGUAUCCACCCAAACCAGACGUGUAUGACUCUCUAACAGGUGUGCCGUCGUGCCAGCGUGCGUUGGCGUUUGAGAAGGGCAGUGUGCUGUUCAACGUGGGGGCUCUCUACACACAGAUAGGAGCCAGACAGGACCGCUCUGCUACAGCUGGCAUAGACCGGGCUAUAGACGCCUUCCAGAGAGCUGCAGGUGCAUUUAACUAUCUGAAGGAGAACUUCUCCAACGCUCCCAGUCUGGAUAUGAGUGGCCCGUCACUAUGCAUGCUGGUCCGCCUGAUGAUUGCCCAGGUGCAGGAGUGUGUGUUCGAAAGAGUCACACUCACAACUCCGGACACGCACUUCAUCACCAAGCUACAAGUGGCAAAGGAGGCCGCACGGGUAUCUGAUGUGUAUAGCUUGGUGCUCCAGACCAUGUCUCAGACCCUUGUGAAGGACUAUGUCCCGUUCUCCUGGGCCUCCAUGGUUCAAGUGAAAGCCGAACACUUUAGAGCCCUCUCCCACUACAAUGCUGCUGUCGCUCUCUGUGACCACACCCAGUCCAUUGAGGAAGGGGGUGACGAAGAGUCGGCGAAGGCUCUCUUCCAGUUCCAUGUCAGUAGUCCUGCUGGACCCCCACUCAGCCAGGUGCUCAGAGACCCUGAGGACAGACGCAAACUGGGGAAGGCCCACCUGCGUUGUGCAGUGAUCAGACAUGAGGAGGCUAUGAGAGUACAUGGUCUAUGUAAGAUCCUGAGGAAGAUGGAUAUUCUACAGGAGGUGCUCUCUUUCAUGUACAAACGCUCCCUGGACAAAUACUCCGAGAUGGACCGAGAGGAUGACUUUGAUGAGACCGCAGAGGCCCCCGAGAUACACUCUCAAACCCAGCACAAACCAGACAUCACACCACCCAACUUCUCCACUGUCCCAGUCACUGACAUCUUCCAAAGGCUGGGUCCCCUGUCAGUGUUCUGUGCGAGGGCACGCUGGGGGCCGGUGCGUGUGGUGAGUCUCCAGCGAGGGGACGGGGGUUUGGGGCUGACUCUUAGAGGAGACUCUCCUGUCCUUGUGGCUGGGGUAGUGCCGGGGGGAUGUGCCCAGGAGGCAGGUUUGAGGGAGGGGGACUAUAUAGUGGCAGUGGAUGGAGAGGACUUUAAGUGGGCUAAACAUGGAGAGGUGGUCCACAUCCUGAAGAGCUGCAGCGACAGAGGAAUACAACUCAGCAUCAUCACACUGCACACACACCAUACACAGGUGGAUAGGAGGCAAGUGAUGCUCUCCCCCAGUGGAGACGAAGCGAACGCUCUGCAACGGACCACGGGCAGGGCUAAGGGGCAGCGCACCGCCCCCUUACUCAACUGGAACAGGAAGAAGACUGGGGGAGGAGGCAGAGCCACCAAGAGACUGGGCAGCACCUUCAGUUUGCCGUUUGGAAACCUUCGGGACUGUGAGUCCAUGUACUGAGGGCACAGCAGACACGUUAGUCUAUUCCAUACAGUGCACUACCAGCCAAUAGUAGUGCACUAGAGAAUAGGGUGCCAUUUCAGACAGUGCCAUAGAUAGACAAACCACUCAGGGAAUGACAGGUGGCCAUGUUACAAUACAAGGAUGUUUUGUAAAUGACUGGAUAUUAAAUGUGUUAUUGCAGCAGGGCAAGGAGAGGAAGAGGAGGUUCGUAGGAAAGGAUGCUUGGUCCAGAUUACAGCAGUUUCAACUGCAGAGAAACAACAGUUUUAGAAAGCAGGUGACUGCAUGUAUCUGUUGCUGAGGGAGUUAAGACAUGGAAAUCCUGUCCCAAAAUGGGCUAAAUGUUGGGGCUCAGUGUUAUUGUCGCUUACUAUUCUAGAGAUGGAAGAAGACUUCAUGUCAAACUACAGCCGCUGAUCCAAAGACCACAUGUCUUAAUCAGUGAAAAUAUAGUUGUAUAAACACUGAUCACCUUUCGUGGAGAAUAAUAAGAGCGUCUGCUAAAUGACUUAAAUGUAAUGUAAAUGUAUACUUUCAAUGCAUUUUUUUCUGCGAAAGCUGUGUAAAUGCUCCCAUAAACAAAAGCUGUGUAAAUGCUCCCAUAAACAAAAGCUGGGUAAAUGCUCCCAUAAACAAAAGGUGCACAAACAGCUUUUACAUUUUUUGCAUUUACCCUCCACUACACCACUGGUCUUAAUGUUAAAAACAUGUUUUACUGUAUCCCAGAGUCCUGCUUUCCCACUCCAGUUCUAACAAGGUCACUCAACUCUCAACAGUAAAAACAACGACAUCCAUUCAGGACCUGGGUUGAGCCCUCCCUUCCUCAAGUUAGAGUAUUGUGCAGCAGAGAAUGUAUAGCUGUAGCCAGAGCACUGCAUUCCAUUCUCCUACCAGUCUUCUAGAGUUGUUGAUGUAAAGUAUUUUGUUUCUGUUUGAUAGUUGAGUACAAAUGACUACCUUCAAAGUACAUCAAUGGUUCUACACUGAGUGGACAAAACAUUAGAAACCCCUGCUUUUUCCAUGAGACUGCCCAGGUGAAUCCAGGUGACAGCUGUGGUCACCUGAUAAAUCCACUUCAAUCAGUGUAGAUCAGCUGAGGAGACUGGUUAAAGAAGGACUUUUAAGCCUUGAGACAAUUCACAUGGAUUGUGCUUGUGUGCCAUAGCGUGAACGGGCAAAACAAAAGAUUUUAAGUGCCUUUGAAUGGGGUAUGGUAGUAGGUACCAGGCGCACCGGAUUGAGUGUGUCAAGAACCACUAUAGCUGCUGGGUUUUUCACGCUCAACAGUUUCCUGUGUGUAUCAAGAACGGUCCACCCGCCAACUUGACACAACUGUGGGAACCAUUGGCGUCACCAGGCCAGCCUCCAGCCACACUUUCAACACCUUGUAGAGUCCAUGCUCCAGCGACUUGAGGCUAUUCUGAGGGCAAAAGGGGGUGCAACUCAAUAUUUUGAAGGUGUUCCUAAUGUUUUUUUCACUCAGUGUGUGUAUUAGUUUUUCACCACAUUCUUAUGCACUGUGACUUCAUAGGUGCAGAAAAACAAAUAUGGUGUAAUUGCAGACCACAAUUUGGGAUGUUUCUUUAUGGGUGUUCCCUGCUAUCAGGAAAUGCACAUUGAUACCUGCCAUUGGUCAGUUCCGGUAUUAUGAGACUGAUGGUUUCUCCACACAUUAUUUGUUUACAUAGCAGGUUAGAUGGAUUAGUGAGCCAUGUUUGGAGACAGGUUAGGAAAAGGGUUAGGCUUCGCUUCAAUGCCACAGAAAUGACCAUGGAUCAAUGGGUGUAACGUUUUCUAUCAAGAAAUAUAUAUAUAUUGGAAAACGCCCCUAAUGGUGUUCUGCAAUUGCUCUACAUACAGGUAACUGCCAAAAAUAAAGGCAACACCAACAUUAACUGUCUUAAUAGGCUGCUGGACUACCACGAGACGCCAGAACAGCUUCAAUGCACCUUGGCAUAGAUUUUACAAGUGUCUGAAACUCUAUGGAGGAAUGCAGCACUAAUCUUCCUCAAAAUAUUCCAUUUGGUCUUUUGUAGCACAGUUGGUAGAGCAUGGCGCUUGUAACGCCAGGGUAGUGGGUUCGAUUCCCGGGACCACCCAUACGUAGAAUGUAUGCACACAUGACUGUAAGUCGCUUUGGAUAAAAGCGUCUGCUAAAUGGCAUAUAUUAUUAUUAUAUAUUGUAGAUGGUGGUGUAAAACGCUGUCUCAGGCACCACUCUAGAAUCUCCCAUAAGUGUUCAAUUGAGAUGGCCAUGGCAAAUGAUUUACAUCAUUUUCAUGUUCAUCAAACCAUUCAGUGAUGACUUGUGCAUGGGGGCAUUGUCAUCCUAUUGGGGCAAAGACAUGGUAGCCAAAAUAAGGGCCAGUCUAGCAUUUUUAUACAUGACCCAAGUCAUGAUGGGAUGUUAAAUGCUUAAUUAACUCUGGAACCACACUUGUGUGGAAGCACCUGCUUUCAAUAUACUACGGCGUAUGCCUCAUUUACUCAAGUGUCGCCAUUAUUUGGGCAGUUACCUGUAUCUUGUGACGCUGACAUGGUUUACGUGGUACAUUAGGGGAUAUACGAACUUAGUUGUCCUACUACUGCUCAGACCAACACAGCACACACAUUUUAGAAUAAUAAUGUGUCUUUAUAAAGACUUGUAUAUGUCUGCUACUAAGUCGUUGAAGAUGAGAAUGGACCGUCUACCAAGUAGAAUCCACCUAUCAAGUUAACUUAGCAGCAUAGACGAAAGCUGAUGCUACAUUUAGCAAGGCCACUUAAAAAAAAAAAAAUACAUUUUCAACAUUUGGACACCCAAAUAGUAUUUUGAUAUUUCAAUAUAUUUAAUGUUAUUUUCAUCUCAAUUAUGAAUUUUAGAUGUGUGUUUCUGAUUUGUGAAAUCUGUCUACCGUGGUGUUUUGGUUGUGUGUUUUCGUGAUUAUUUUAGAUGUUUUGUUAAUUAAGGGAUUUGUACUGCUUUCUUUUGUUUGAGAACCUGAAAAUCAUGGCUGGUUGCUCAUAAAAUCAACUGUGUGUGUGUGUGUGUCUGUCUUUUGCAGACUUUUCUCAAUUAAUUAAAGGAGUGGAUCACUGAUUUGUCUCAAUUGAUGGUAACAGCUUCUCAGGUUUGACAUGUUCAGUUACAUAAUUGUAGGUCUGUGGUAACCAGCAGGUGUCACUAUAACCCUGGUUAAUUGUAUCAGAUAUUGCCAGAUAAGUUUGAGUCUUCAUAUCAAAUUUUAUUGGUCACAUAUACAUAUUUAGUAGAUGUCAUUACUGGUGUAACGAAAUGUAACCCAUCAUUAAAAAAACAUUGCUAUUUAUGAAAAA